AUGAGACGUACCAGAUCCAAAGCCGCUGAUGUCUACAAACCCUAUCUAAAGAAGUAUAAAAUAACGGAGAAGACGCGAUAUAAUGAGCUAUUGAUAGUAGUGGAUAAUCAACUGGUUAGUCUUGCAGGCAUGGACUGUAGUUCUGUUAUUAUUUAUAAUUCGGUAAAAUCAAAAAGAGGUAAAAGCCGUCGGUAAACCGUUUGCUGGAGUCAAGAAUGAAAUUGCCAAUAAAACGAGCUCAACGUCUAUUUGGUUGUAAAAUUGAGAUCUCGCAUAAACAACGGGCUUAAGCAUUUAUCAGACGAGCAAAGGCGGAGGUACGAGCGGGAAGAGGCCAUGUUUUGAUCCUUUCAUCCAUUGGCUGAUAAAACAAGUAACGAACACUUAUUUUUCAAGGUCAUACGAAAAUCUCUCUAUGAAGCUCAAACACACUAGUUGCGUUACAACAACUAUUCUCACUAGGUAGAAAAAUACUCUAUAAACUUUUACUUUGUUAUUUUAGUAUAAAAAACUCGAAGAGGAUGAAGAUGCCGUCAGACGCAAGGUGGAAACGUUGGUCAACGUUGUUGACGGAGUAAGUUUCCUUCAUAGAUGUAACUGGGAGGCUUGUGAGCCUUCCGGGAAAAAGUUGGUUGUGGAAUCCUGAAUAUGGGAAAUAUUUCCUUGUGGAAUCCGGAAUCCUGGGUUCUGGAAUCCGGAAUACAGUUCAAGAAAUUCGGGAUCUUAUUAAAGAUUACAAUCCCGAAUCCAAGUAUCACUGAGAAAAACAGGAAUCCAGUACCUGGAACCCGAAACCGCAGCGUGGAAUCCAGAAUCCAAGAUUGUCUUAGAUCCCUUACAUCGAAAACGUGUAAAGUGUGAUGCAACAUUCCUGCAAAACGAGUUGAAAAAAAACUCCUGCGCAUUUUGAAGUUCAAACUCGGGUUGUUGCAAGUUGCGUAAAUACUGACUUCUAAUUGGAUAAAACCACGCGGUUGUCACGCUAUACGCGGAAGUUGCGUCACCUGCUGUUAAACAAGUUUGCCUUGGCCCGGUAAAACGCCCAAUAUGUACAGAUUGUGUUGCAAAGAGUAGAACUGUUCUCUACUUUCUGCAACAGCUUUUCGCAACCUGCGACAACCUAAUUGUUGCAAUGCCGGUGUGAUUUGUGCGGGAUAAGACGCGCAACAUAGCUAUUUGACUCGUUUUGCAGCAAUGCUGCCAGACAAGUUACACGUUUAAUUUUUGUUGCCCGUUUUACCUUAUAUACAAGAUGAUGACUUGAAGUUAACGUAAAACCUUUCUCUUUAAUAAGCAAAUCCCGAAAUCUAGCAGGUUUUGAUCGUAUAUCCUUCCGUUUAAAUCGAGAAAAUUAAGCUCUUUUUUACUACACUCCCAAAAUACGGUCUCUAAUUUUCGCAAAAUUAACCACGCACGCUGAAAAUGUAAACAAUUACUGCAAGUUUGAGUAGUUUGUUACCGCAUGGGGCUUCAAUAAAGUCCCCUUUUCACUAUUGAAACGACUUUUUAUUUAAGCAAACGAGUUUCAAUUUAACGCCUUUUCUCUACUUUGAAAUAUUUUCACUACGACCUAGCUCUGAUCUACAUCGAAACAAUUAGUUGUCUCAUUUCUAUGCCUAUCCCAAAUUGUAUCACUUGAAAACCUUUACAGCAGUGGUGCCAACUAUAUACGCGAUAGAGGACAGCAGUUCAAUUUUUCUACUUUUUUGUUUUCAUUUUUAUUUUCCUUUUUUUCAUUUCAAUUCACGCCUUAUGGGAUUCAGUCUAACUGUGUGUUUUUUUCUUUCUUACUUUUCAAGAUUUACCGGGAGAUAAAUAUCCAGAUUGUCUUGGCGGGGUUAGAGAUCUGGACAAUUCGCGACCAAUUUAAGCGGUCAGCAGAUGCUGGGGUUGAUCUCAGUAACUUCAAAAACUAUCGAAACAAACAUUUAAGGAAAAAAAUUCCUCACGACAACGCCCACUUACUGAGGUUUGCAAUUAUCUCUAGAAACACCAAGGCUGAGUGUCAAUUGAUAGCCUGCGAACGGCAGACGUUUCUCCUCGCCCAUCGCCAUUGAGGGAAGUUUCGCGAGGAGGAACGUCUACGACUCAGCGACAGAAAUUCCAUACUGAUGACGUAAAUCAAUGUUUACAAAUAAAUCAGGUAGUCAUGGGUUCGAAAUGCAAACUUGUUCUAUUUCUUCUGGUCGAUUUUGGAAAAGUGUUGUGUUCAUCUGCGAAUGAGCUCCAGCUAAGGGACUGUGAUUAUCAGGAGGGGGCGCUGAAAAACUAGAGUUAUCUAGCAAAAACUUAGACAGUACCCCCCCUCCAAACAAAAGAAAUUAGUUCUAACCCCCCUCUGUUAUGUUAAAAAUAACAUCGCAAAACUUAAGGCCCCCCCUCCGUCAAAUGACUGAUUUUACUUUGAGCCCCCCUAUCUUGGCAGCAAUUUUAUGUAAUGCCCCCUCUAGUUUUUCAGCCCCCCCACUUCUGGUAAUUAUUAUCACAAUCCCUAAACUCAAAUGUUUCUUCUAGAGAAGACCAUAUGCCGCCUUUUUUGUCUUUUGUGGUCAUAAACAUUGACUGUUUUGUUAGAUAUUCAUCGACCGUUUCGGACAGAUUUUGAUCAGUAUGGAAUUUUGCCGCGAAAAGAAAUGUCUGCCGUUCGCAGGCCAGGCCAAGUUGUCUGUUCAGUAAGAAAACGGUCAUUGGGGUCAUUGGGGGUCACACGACCCGAAGUUGAUCCGAGUUACUGUGGCGUAAGAGCGCCUAGCAUAGGAUAAUUGCUAACCCCACCUCCCUUCCUCUUGGAUGGGAUGUUGGUUGAUCAAAAGUUACGCCUAGCAGUAUAUGGCUGGUACUAUUAUCACCCUUUCCAGCAUACUUUGCGACAAGCUAAACGUUCCCAUGGUCCAUUGCGCGAUACUCCUUGAUCGCUCAAGGAGUCGCAGCCCGGGUGGGGGGGGUUCUCCCCAUAAUGGCCUAUAUGGGGAAGUUUCGCCCGACAAGGUACUAAACAAGGUAUGUGAAAGGGGUGCCAUUUUUCAACAGAAGGUAUACGAAAGGGGUACCUUUUUCGUGAAAAAUGGUAUAUAAAACUGGUAAGGGGUUGGACGUCGGGGCGGAGCCCCCCUUCCCCGCCCCUUCCCCCGGGAGUUGCAGUCGUGUUUUCUAUCAAACACUUGAGACGCUUAGGAAAGAGACAGCACCUGGGUGCAGAGAAACAAAGUGGAGCAGAGUUUGUUGUCGAAGAAAACAACUUGAUGGCAUGGUUUGCACUGAAUCCUUUUAACGUCCACAUUCCUCCUCGUUAAUGACCGCGAGGGUUGGUUUUCCUGUGUAAGGCUUAUAAUUUUCAGGUUUUGCGAUAGUCUUUCAAGUCAGAGUCACGUGUCAAAUCGUUCCCCGGCCUCAGGUUAAAUAUACGAAAUUAUGCAUUUAACUUGAAGUGAAACAUGGGAAGAAAUAUUAUUUUACACUCCUUUCCCUUUGGAUACCUAAUGAUUAAAGAAGUCCUUUAAGAGAGUCUCAAUUGGGUCAACUGUCAGCCGUCAAACGGCCGAAAAUUCAACCAUCAACCGUCAAAAAUGAUCAAAGAUUAGCAUCAACCGUCGAAACUUUUCAAGCCUGAAGGUAUCUCAAAUCGUACUAUUUCAGCUGAUCUUCACGGACGUCGGGCUCCAGAAGAAUCUCUAAUUUGGAAAACUCAGUUCCCCUGUUCCCAAAAACACGUUCUCUAGACAGUACAAGACGUUACAAUUUGCUUAAAUCUGAAAAUGUUUCGAAAUUUCAACAGUAAAAGGCCAAGAUAGCCUGCGAGACACAAGGUUUGAUAUUAAUUUACGUAGAAGCUAACGUUAUUAAUAAUCACAGGAGUUCAGGCUUCAGGAGUAAUCAUCGAUCGUUUAUUGCGACAGUGCUGUUUAGUAUGGUCCGAAAUUGUAGGACCACACUCAUCAGGCCAUUUCAUUACGUAUUAUUCAUUCAAAAUAUUUCCCCUAUUCUGAUUAGCUAAAAGAACACAUUUAAUUCACCAUAACCAUCUACUGAUGACCAAAUUUGGAAGAACUUUGCGAUUAAUCAACCGAUGACGUCAAAAGUGCAGCCUCCUUGCAGGUUAAUACACCGUUAACCGAGAGGACCUGGGGACGAGGCUGAGUUGUUUUGGUUGUGAAAACAAAAUGGCAGACAUUUCAUUCGUUUCAAGAGUAAAAACUAGGCGAAAAAAUAAUUAGUAAAAACAUGGCAAGAACAGCAAGAAGCCAACUCGAAGGGCGACAUCUGUUAUUUCGUAGAAUUUUUGCGGAGCUGAACAACCCUAAACGUGCACAAUCGAGGAUGAACUUAACAUCAAAGGAGGUAAGUAUGUUUUAGCAAUGUUUUUAAAAUAGGAAUUAUUUUGAAUGAAUAAUAAAACAAUUAUUGAAGUCGGCUUUCGCAUCAUAUGAAGAAUUAUGAAGAUCUCGGGGUGUUAUCCGCCUCGGCCUACGGCCUAACACCCUUCUUCUCUAAGAUACUCAGCCUCAUUCAUUAAUUGUCAAUUAGGCACUUGGACUAAAUUUUCACUUAAUAACCGUUAAAAGCAGUAAAAUUCAAUCUUUAACCGUUAACCUUCAAAGCUACCACUCACAUUGAUACCCUCCUUCCACUUAGGUAAAUUACAUUACUGGGCACAAGGAAAUUAAAUUAAGUUAUUCUUGUCUCCAUACCGUAAAUAAGCCUUAAAUGAUAAACUGUUUCUCACAGUAAGACCAAUUGAUUCAACUAUUCAUGUCAUGGGCAUGGCCGGUUACAGUAAGCUCAUAAACGGACUACUAGCGGUUGCCAGUGGCGCCUUGUAUACUGAAGUCCGAGCUUACUGUUUACAUGUUAAUAUAUAAAGAGGGCGCGUCUUGUCGCGCGUCUUGUUGUCCUCUAAUCCACGACAUUACAUUACAUUAGAUUACAUUACAAAAUGAUAAAGCUGCAGUCAACGAUACUCUUCUCGUUUCAGUUGGAACCAAUGGCCAGGCAUUGGAGGUAUGGCUUGGAUGUUUGCGACUUGCACGGAUAAUUCAGUUGGUAUAAAUGAUGUAAGUGAUCUCUACUAUAUGUUUAUUCCUUUCCUUGUGUGCGAGUAGAUGCCCCUUCGCCCCGAACCGCCGACGCCCCCUCCCGUCCCCCACGCAGUCGCGCUCUCCCUAACCGCUAAGGCCAGAAACUAGGGCUUAGGACGUCUUUUUUUCGGUAUCGAUUACGGAAUUUUUUUGUUAUUUAUUUUCCUUAGUUGUUCAAACGUUGGAUAGCGGUACUAAUGUAAUAGGAAAUCCAAUUGCUUUAUCCGUGAAUAGAGAUUUAUCUAGUGAAUAUGGGUUAUCCACCUUUCGAACAUGGGCAACUUUAGCACGUUUAAUUUCUAAGAAAUUUAAAUUAAUUUCCUAAGAAAGCACAUUAAAUGGAGCCAUACGUCGGUUAUACAUCUCUCACCAUUACUUUUAAAAAUUAUUUCUGCAUAUAUCAUGAGAAAAACUUGGCUUAGGAUAUUAAGCGGUUCCAAAUGCAGCAAAAAAAAAUUAACACUUCUUACAUCGCAAGGUUAAAGCAUACUUUUUUUUUGUAAACUAUUUACUUGAAUCGGAAUUUUAAUAACGAUCGAACAUCCAAGAUCGCGGCUAUUUUGAAUAACGGAACAGUUUCCCAGCUGUUCAUUAGCCGGUGGAGUUCGUCGCAUUAACCUCUUACUAUCCGACCGCGAGGGCUGAAGUGGGUACUAUUAGCCCGAGUCGAAACAAUACGGCCCGAGCGAGGCUAUGUGAACAGAGACCCUAUCCGUUAUGGUUUCCGUGUUGGCGCAACAUGCUAUCCGGUUUAGAGUGAACAGAGUGUCAUAGCCCACAAGUUAAAAACAGACCCAUUCAUGCAACCUACCACACAAUCACAGAAUCGACCAUCUAAGUUUAAAAUAGCUUUAGAAGAACCUAAGAGGCUGAAACAAACGGGAGGCACGUGGGGGCAACAUUAAAGAAGAUUAACCCUUUAAGCCCUCAGAGUGAUCAGCAUCCAAUUUCUCCUUGAGAUAUCAAUGCUUUGUAAAACAGAGUGGUCAUGAGAAUUACGGACAUGAUCACACAAGAUGAAUUUGCUUGCCGGAUAUUCUAUCAACUUCUCCCCACUACUAUACUGUAGAGAAUAAGUAGGGGUAGGAAAUGAGAAUUUUGAUCUUAGGGUCUAAAGGGUUAUUACAGAUUGCAGACUAUAGGUUGUUUUCUGCAUUUCAGUGGAAUUCGGGUGAAAUAGGAAGAGAUUUGGGACCUUAUGAUGCAUUGGCACAUGAAAUGGGACACAACUUUGGAUUUGAUCAUGACGAUGGUAAUGUGUACAAAGAUUGGUUAUGAUAGGUUUUCUACCACUUGCACAAUAAUUUGCCAAAUCAUCAUAAUUAUAGUAAAUUUUCAUAAAUUUAUCCUCUCUUGGACAUGUUGGAGAUAAUGAUUUCGGAUAAAUAUUAGGAAGACUCGCUUUAUAUUAUAAUUUCAACAUCCUGGGCUUUACAACAAUUGAACAGCAACGCUGUAGUUAUAUCCCGUACUUUGCGCUUACGCAGUUCGUUCGUUUUUCACCAUGCGUUUGGUCGGACAAGCUUGUUUCGUUUUACUGCUCAAAAUUCGCCUUCUUAACUCUCGGACGAACACGCAAAGUCAUGCUCCCACCGUGGAACAAAGGGGAGGGGUUGAUGGACCCCCCUCCCCCUUGCGUCUUUUAAAUUUGCCUUCAGUGGAAGGCCUUUGAUCUUCUCUACAAGACGAGGUAUAUUUUGUGGAUGGUGGGGCUGCUGGAAGUCUGUGA